AUGCUUGCCCGCAUUUCCAAGCUUCGCAACAAUGGCGGCGAGCGGAAUUUGUUCUGCAAAUAUUUCCUUAACUACUCAACAAAUUUGGCAGCCGUGCAACCUCAGAAUCAUCUCUUCAUCGGCUGCCUCGAACGCUCACUUGGGUUCUCCAGAGAAGAAGCCAUCUCCGCCGCCGGAAAGGUACAAUGCUCCAAAUUAUACAAGAAAGACAUCGAUUUGUUCAUCAGUUAUUUUGAAAAUUUGGGUUUAGAUAAAACCCAGAUGAAAACCAUCGCUUCCAUAGAUCCCAAAUUCUUGUUAACCAAUGUGGAGAAGACCCUGAAACCCAAAAUCAGGGUUCUGGAAGAACUUGGCCUAUCUAGGUCGGACCUGGUCAAGGUUAUAAUAGGCUGUAGAUCUGUCUUCGGUAGAGGGUUGGACUCUUUUAUUAGACCUCGGAUUGAAUAUCUUAGGCAAUUGCUGGGUAGUGAUAAGGGAGUUGUUUUAGCUAUAAAGAGAUUUCCUAGGUUGCUUGAUUUUUAUGCAGAGACUCGAAUCCAAGCCAAUGUAGUAUUGUUGAAGAAGUUUGGUUGGAGGGAUGAGCAAAUUGCCAAGUUCAUCAGUAGGAAUCCCAGGCGGGUUUUCAUACAGAAACCUGAUUGGGUUGAGGAUGUAUUGCAGAGGAUUGAGAAUGAUUAUGGGAUUCCUCGCGAAUCCCCCAUGUUUUAUUAUGCAGUUGACGUGAUCUCUUUGCUUGGUAAGGAGAAUAUCGAGAGAAAGUUGGAAAUUUUGAGAAGUUUUGGAUGGUCGGAUGCGGAUAUAUGGAGAAUGUUUAGGUCUCUACCUGUAACUUUUAACAUGUCAGUGGAUCGAGCGAGAAAAAGUUUGGAUUUUUUCAUGAACGAGCUUGGUUAUGAUUCUGGUUACUUGGCUUCUCACCCUAAGCUUUUCUCUGUGAGUUUGGAUAGAAGGGUUAAGCGUAGGAAUGAAGUUUUGAAAAUCCUGAACGAAAGGAAGUUGAUCAAGAGAAAGACGUCACUUCAUUCCAUUGUCUGCUUACCAGAGUUGAAAUUUGUCAAGCGUUAUCUUCUGCCUCACAAGGAUGAGAUACCUGAUGUCUAUGGAUCAUAUAUCGAGAUGUUAGAAGAUAGGAAAUUUGAGAAACUUUGA